CAUUUCUUUUCAACAACAAAUAUGCUUACGUUCUCAGCGUCUCCUGGUCUUCCUCAGACCGGGAAGCGGCCACACAGCAAUGGACCACCCAAGCCACGGCCUAGGGUUUCCGGCCCAUUCGUAGACGACGAGGACGAUUCUGAUGACGACGAUAACCAAGAUGGAGCAAACGAGGAGUCGGAUCAACCAACACUUCCUGGACCAGAGCCGUUACCGAAACGACGUAUGGUCCACGACCUGAGAGGCGAGACCCAAGCCAACCCCCAGACGGAAUCUGGCCUAGAUGAAGCCGCCGCAGAGGCUGUAGGGUUCGAGGCGAAUGGCGAUGCUAUACAGGGCCCUGCUCCUGGAAACGACAUCCAAAAACCAGCUCCCGUAUGGUCGACGCAACGGCCGCUAUUCUCCGCAUCGUUGAUGGGUACCCUCACCCCCUCGAGCUACAGCAUUGUGACGAGCGAUGGAAAGAUAUCGACGAUCAAGGAACGCAAGGCAGCAGCUGCUGUCUCGUACGAGGCAAUGGUUGCGUCCAGAUCCAAGACCAAGGAAGGACGCGCCAAGAAGAGUUAUUAUGGCAUCGACAUUCACCAGCUCAUAGACGGCGCCGCGAAGGAAAUGGCGGCCUCGAGAGACACGGCAGCAACAGAACCCGAGAAAGACACGACUACAUCAAGAAAUGUACCGCUAGAGUCGGCGGAGAAUUCUGGAAAAAAGCCAAAGAAGAGCCUCCUCUGGACGGAGAAAUACCGUGCCCGCAACUUCAUGGACCUAUGUGGCGACGACGGCACCAAUAGAAUGGUUCUACGCUGGCUCAAGCGUUGGGAUCCGAUCGUCUUCCCGGGCACGGCCAAGUCUAAGUCAGCCAUGAUGAAGCGCCUUGGCCAGUCGCGGCAAACUGAGGAGGAGAAGCCGCACCGUAAGAUCCUGAUGCUUACAGGCCCACCCGGCCUAGGCAAGACGACGCUGGCCCACGUCUGUGCAAAGCAGGCCGGCUACGAGGUUCUCGAGGUCAACGCCAGCGACGACCGCAGCCGUGACGUGGUCAAGAAUCGAAUCAGGACCAGCCUCGGGACCGAGACGGUCAAGACAGUGAGCAAGGGAAGCAGCAAGCCGAUCAAGCCUGUAUGUGUCGUGGUGGACGAGGUGGAUGGUGCUGUGACGGGGUCGUCAGCUUCCGGGGAGGGCGGGUUCGUCAAAGCCCUUAUUGAUCUGGUCCAGCUGGACGAGAAAAACAGCAGUCCUCCGGCCGGCGGCGGCGGAGGAUCAAGCUACGGAAAGAAGCAGAAGAAGAAGGGCGACGACUUCCGCCUCAUGCGGCCGCUCAUCCUCAUCUGCAACGACGUGUACCACCCUUCACUCCGGCCGCUGCGGCACUCGGGUCUGGCCGAGGUGAUUCACGUGGGACGCCCGUCCAUCGACGCCGUGGUCGGUCGCCUCAAAGCAGUGUUUGACAAGGAGGCGAUUCCGUGCGACAAGGACGCCGCGCGGAAGCUAUGCGAAGCAGCGUGGGGCGUCUCCGGCGGCAUGCAGAACAAGAGGCGUGCAGAGAGCACGGUGGAAGGCGACCUCCGUGGCGUCAUGGUAGUAGGCGAAUGGGUGGCCGGGCGGUUCCGGUCAUCGGUGGCGGGCAGCAGCAGCACGGAGCGCCUCACACGGCAGUGGAUAGAGCAGAAUGUCAUGCACGACCUGACGAGCGGCGCGGCGGGAGCGCGUGGCCUGGGACGCGGCAGUGUCAGGGACAUUGUCGGACGGCUAUUCCAGCUCGGCGGAGGAUUCCCCCAGCAGCAGCAGGUGGCGGUGGAUGUGUCAAAGAAGACGAUGCACGAGCAGCCCAAGGCGGAGCUGGGUUUCGGCGAGCAGCAGAAGAAGUACGCCAUGGAGCGCCUGCGCGAGAUGGCCGAUACCAGCGGUGAGAUCAGCUACAUCCUCACCGAGGUGUUCGCCGAGUACCCGCAGCGCGAGUUUAACGACGACAGCUACCUGACCAAGCCUAACCAGGCGUACGACUGGCUUCACUUCCACGACGCGUGCCAGUCCCGGCUGUACGCCAGCCAGGACUGGGAGCUAGCGCCCUACCUGAGCCAACCGGUGCUCGCGUGCCACCACCUGUUUGCCUCCCCUCACCGGCACCAGCCGCAGCACCAGCAGAAGCAAUACCAGCAAGGCCAGAACGAGGCCGAGACCGAAGCACCCAAGCCCUUCACCGGACCCAGGGCGGACGCCGAGGCCCGCGAGGCAGAGAGGCAUAACCGCGCCCAACUCCAGACUCUGCAGGCGCAGCUGAGCCCCACGCUCACCCGGUCGUUCCGGUCCGCAGAGGACGUGGCCACCGAGUUCCUCCCUUACCUGCGGCGCAUCGUGUCGCCAGACGUGCGACCGGUAGUCGUGGGCGGCAGCGAAGGCGGGUCCACGGCCUCGGUGCGGAAAGAGUCGGAGAAGAGGAUGGUGGCCAGGGCGGCCGAGGUGCUCGCCGAGGUAGGCGUUUCUCUGCACAGGGGCAAGAUCGAGGCCGACGUCAAUGCACGUAGCGCGCAAUACGUCUACCGCAUGGAACCUGACCUAGAUGCCCUAGGAACAUUCGAGACAGCAGCGACAUUGGUCUCAUCGCACGCACCUAUUCGCUACGCCGUCAGACAAGUCCUCGACCAGGAACUACAGCGUGCCCUCGCGCGACGUGAAGCCCACGCUCGCCAGGCGCGAUUCCGCGCAGGCAGGGAUGACAACGGCGACGAUGACGAGCAGCAGACGCAAGCGCCUAGCGCAUUAGCGUUGUAUGCUGCCACCAGGGCGGCGCAGAAGAGGGCGACAACGACGCACACCGCUGCCAAGAUAGUCAAGAAGGACUUCUUCGGGCGCGUCAUCGAGGCGCGCGACCUGGCUGAGCUGGAUACCAAGGCGCAGGAGAGGGCCAAGAUUGAGGAGAGAAAAGUGUGGGUUACGUACCACGAAGGUAUGAAUAAUGCUGUCAGGAAGCCCCUGCCGCUGCAGGAUUUCCUAAGGGGGUUGUAG